AUGGACAACAACAUUAACAAUAAUAACAUCAAUAACGACGACGAUGUUUAUGACAACAACUCUUAUAACAACAACAACAACCUGAAAUCCAACAACAGCACGAUUCGAAGCAACAACAACAUCAACAGCCUCUACUACGACAACAUGCGCGAAACAUCAAGUUAUGAUAACAUUAAGAUGAAUGAACAUUCAGACAUUAAUGCUGGUUACAGGAAAAUCAUCGCCAAUGACAUCAAUGAACACACCUACAAUAUCAUCAACAAGUCAAACGGGGUCUAUGCUUUAGAAAAGAAGAUAGACGAUUGA